UUCAUGUGGAGUGCAAUUAAUCCAUUGUUAUGACAUGAACUUUGUGAAAAGAGCGCUAAAUACACUUGCAUUGUGAAAGCCAUGAACAAAAACUUUAUUACAAACUACUAGUAGUAAAAUUAAAUUUCAAGCACUUGAAAAAGGCUGUGUUUAAAAUCGGAUAUUGAAGUAGAGUGGCAAACAUGUCUCAAAAGAAGAAGGAGUCAAGUCUUACAGAUGAACAAGUCGCAGAGUUCAAGAUGGCAUUCAGCAUGUUUGACGCUGACGGUGGAGGGACGAUCACCACUGGAGAACUGGUGGAGGUUCUAAAGUCCAUGGGUCAGAAAAUUACCGACGAAGACUUGGAGGAGAUGGUCAAUGAGGUUGACGAAGACGGAAAUGGAGAGAUAGACUUCGACGAGUUUCUUACAAUGAUGGAAAGCAAGUUACAGUACAAGGAGAACGAAGACGAAAUACUAGAGGCGUUUCAGGUAUUUGACAACGGGAAAGGCUACAUCAGCUCCGGUGACCUGCGAGAUAUCAUGAAGACCCUUGGAGACCGAAUGACGGACGAGGAAAUUGACGAGAUGCUAUUUGAGGCGAACGUGAACAAAAAUGGGCUUAUCAACAUACAAGAAUUUGUUUCCGUUAUAUGCCGAUAAAAAUCCAUUGAUGACGUCUCGUCACUUUUCCGGCAGCAUAUUUUGAUUCGCACCAUUGACAUCAGUUGUUCUGUUUCAUGUUAAACAUAAUGCGUUGUUGAUCAUCCCUGAUUUGAGUGCUUUGGGGGGUAACCACUGCGUGGAGUUUGGUUCCCUUUGUCAAAUGACAUCCUGCAGGGCAACGUAUGGAAGACUAAAUGUACACUGAGAAGGACACUAAAUUAAUCUGAUGUAAUAUCGCUCUUGUUGUAAAUAUCGUUUUGUAUUUUGGUUGUCUCUCUUUUAUGUAUCAUAAUCAGUUAUAAGGUAUUUUAAAGUAAUUGAAAUUGUUUAUAUAUCAAUUAUGUUUCCAUUACAACUUUAUAAGCAGCUUAAAAAGUGUUAGAAGCGAAUAAGCUUAAGUAAGCUUUACCCUGAUCCGUUCUUCUUUAUUAUCAUAAAUAAUUGAUUACAUAGUUGUUGUUAUUUUGUUUGUGUUUACAUUCUACAAUUUGCAUUGAUAUGCCCAGGACUAGUAUGUCUGUUAUUGUACCAUUCAUUGGAAUAUACUCGUAUUGUUUAAAUUGUUUGAAAUGUUAAGGAUAACUAAUAUGGUAAUGUAUUAUGUUUAUGUUACUAUAUUUCCAUAAUGAUUAUCAGGAAUUAUUCCAUAUUUAUAUAAACUGUAUGAAAAAGAUAACAAUACAUGCGGUAUUCAUUUAUAUAUUUAACUCAUACGAUAUUUAUUUGCAAUCA